GCGGGCUUUCACACAAGAAGGAGACUUUAGAUCCAAUAUCAAUCCGUCGGUCCCUCCCCACCGGAAUUAUGGAAAUUCUUGAAAUAAUUGGCGAGACCUUAUCGGGAGUGGUGAAAAGGUGAUCUCUUUAUAUAUAUACACAUACAUUCUACCAACUUUCAUUUCAACUAGGCACCAACAAUCAUACAAUCACACAAUACAAAGAGAUCCGGUGAUCUUCGUGAGAAGCAAUGGAGCUCUUCUACUACUUAGUUUUUGGAGGAUUUGGGGCAAUAGUUCUUGCAUUGGAACUCAGCAAGACCAGCAAAGAUCGAAUCAAUACUUCAUCUCCUUUCAAUGCCUUUAAGAACAAUUAUCUCUUAAUUUACUCUCUCAUGAUGGCUGGUGAUUGGUUGCAGGGUCCAUAUGUUUACUAUCUCUACAGUGUUUAUGGAUUCACCAAAGGAGAGAUUGGACAGCUUUUUAUUGCUGGUUUUGGUUCCUCCAUGCUAUUUGGAACCAUUGUUGGAUCUCUAGCUGAUAAACAGGGUCGGAAGAGGGCAUGUAUUACUUACUGCAUAACUUACAUCCUUAGCUGCAUCACAAAGCAUUCUCCUCAAUACAAAAUCUUAAUGGUGGGUCGUGUUUUGGGAGGAAUCGCCACUUCUCUCUUGUUUUCGGCUUUCGAAUCUUGGCUAGUUGCCGAACACAACAAGAGAGGUUUCGAACAACAAUGGCUGUCAGUGACAUUCUCCAAGGCAAUAUUUCUUGGAAAUGGACUGGUUGCUAUUUUGGCUGGUUUGUUUGGGAAUCUUUUGGUUGGGUCUUUAGAUUUAGGGCCUGUCGCUCCUUUUGAUGCAGCAGCUUUCUUUCUUACUAUUGGGAUGGUGAUUAUAAUAUCAUCAUGGUCUGAGAAUUAUGGCGAUCCUUCUGAAAGUAAGGACUUGCUUACACAAUUCAGAGGUGCAGCUGUCGCCAUUGCCUCAGAUGGAAAAAUCGCAUUGCUUGGCGCCAUACAAUCCUUAUUCGAAGGUUCAAUGUACACGUUUGUGUUCUUAUGGACACCAGCUCUGAGUCCAAACGGAGAAGACAUUCCUCACGGUUUUAUUUUCGCUACUUUCAUGCUCGCUUCAAUGUUGGGAAGCUCAACUGCAUCUCGUUUGAUGGCCCGUUCAUCUCUCAAAGUCGAGAGCUACAUGCAGACAGUGUUUGCUAUAUCAUCUGUGGCUCUUCUUAUUCCAGUCUUAACAAGUUACUUGUUACCAUCUACGGGUGUGAAAGGUGGAAGCAUAACAUUCUCGGGUUCAAUCCAGCUAAUUGGAUUCUGUGUUUUCGAGGCAUGUGUUGGAAUAUUCUGGCCUUCAAUUAUGAAGAUGAGAUCUCAAUAUAUUCCUGAAGAAUCUAGAAGCACGAUCAUGAACUUCUUCCGUAUACCUCUCAACAUCUUCGUUUGCGUGGUGCUAUACAAUGUGGAUGCUUUUCCAAUCAUGUUUAUGUUCGGUAUGUGUUCGUUCUUCCUUCUAGUAGCGUGUAUAUUGCAGAAGCGUCUCAUGGUGCUUGUCGAAAAUCAAAAGCCAAGGCAGCAGGAGUGGAGGCAGAAUCAAGAGGAGGAAGAAGAGGCGUUUAACCCUUCUGAAGACCGUGGGAACGUUUAAGGGUUUAACUGGAUUGGGUACAGGAAUUGGCAAAUAAGUAGGUAAAUGGUGAAAUUUGAAUUGGGUUUAUUAUUUUUGGGAAAGACUGAAUCAAACAACAAGAAGAAGAAGAGAUGGAGUUGGAUGGGAUUCAAUUGAUCCUUUGCUAUGCUUAUUAGGGGUUUAAAGAUAUUAUUAGUUUCUGAAUAUAUAUAUAUAUAUAUCUAUGUACCGAAGGUAAGACGAUAUGAUAUGAACACAUUAUUUAUGAGAAUAUCAAUAAUUCUUUCUAUUUCUAAA